CCUCAUCUGUUUGGUUGCUGGAUGUCGCUGGGUGAUGACGUACAUCCACGUUCCCGGUGCAGCUUGUCAACAAAAACCCAAAACAAAUUGGCGGACGCAUAAAGGUGCAGCUGAAGCGCUGAAGGGAUGCACACGUCAGUGCGUGAAAUUAAUCUCAGCUCAGACACCUCCUACUUCCUGCGGGUGGACUGGGAAGGGUGCAACUUUAGUACCGGCUUCCAGUUGCUGCUUACUGAUGGACAAGAUGCAUGGAGAGGGGAAGUCCUCAGUUUUCAGAGGCUCAAGAUAAACUUCAAAGGCUUAAAGUCCUUUGAGAUAAAUGUUGCCUGGGACAUUGGAAAUUGGCUGGGCUACGUUCUGCUGAAUGCCGUCCCAGAUCCAGCAGAGGCAGUGAGAAGUUUACUGAUUUACAGUCUGCAGAGGGGAAAUAACCUGCAGCACCACAACCAGAGACUACAGGAGGAGAACGAGAGACUUCGAGGAGAACAGCAACACAUCACUGCAGAUUGGUGCAAAGUUUUGUUUAGACUGGCCCACUGGUUAAGGAGGAGAUGGUGUCCAUACUGUACAAAGAUUAUCAUCAGUAUAGUAAGAUUGCUCUCAUUUUGUUUGACUACUGUUUUCCACUCUCCUGACUCCAUGCUCUUCUCAGAAUCACCGACUCCGGGACCACUGGAUGAAAGCCUGAGUGACCUCACAGAUGUGGCCCCGUCUCGCAAACGGCGCUUUCGUCACCUCAGGGCCCCAGAGGCUGCAGUAAAGCGACCAAACCCAGAGACAUCUCAGAGAAAAAGGAAUGACUCCCCUGCAGGAUCCAGUAAGCAUCAGACUCCCCGGCUCUCUGCAGAUGUUGCUGCAGCAAGUUCUGCAGUGGAAGACCUUUUUGAGGAAUUCUGAUGUUCCACGUCUGCACCUUAUAGACGUAGACAAGACCACAGCAGUGAAAUGCCAAGGCAUCAUAUUUUUAUUGUGAUUGAAUGCACCUAGUGCUGUAUCUAUAUGGAAGGAUAAAGCACUGCAAAAAAGGCGUUCAAUGGAUGCUGAUGAGAGAUGCUUGGUGAUUCUUUAUAGAGCACUGUAGAGGUUGCUUUUUUAUAGUAAAGUACACUAAUGACCAAUGUUUGGAAUAGUAAAAUUAAACAUGUUUUUACCAAAGUUUACAUUAGCUCAGGACUUCUUUGAAAUGCAUUUUUUCUGAUAUAUUUUGCAGGCUACACAUCAACAACUAAUUUUGAUAUUUGUGUAAAUAAAAAGUGAAAACAAAUA